UCACAGCUAUACAUGGAAUAAGUGACACUGUCAUUCUGAACAUAGGAGGUUAAGUAUGCCAGUGCAGUGGCAUACUGGGCGAAUGACUUUCUUGGGGUUUUUUGCCUUUUGAAAAUUUUAACACCAUCUCUUUAUGAGAACAAGUAUUACAUAUUCUUGGUUGGGUGCAGUACAAUCUCUACUAAACUUGUUUGCUUUGUGAAGAUUAGGACCAGUGUUGUGAAGAUCCUUUUAUCCAAAAAAAACCCCAGUAGGGAAACAUCUGUCUUAAAAAAAUAUAUUCCUUUCCUCUCUCUUCCUGUUAAAUGUAGAGCAAAGAAAAACAUAAACUGUAAUCUUCUGGGGAAAAAAAGGACUCACAGCCAAAUGAUUAAAUCCUCCUUUAGGAGGCAGUAAAUCAGUAGAUGCGUGACAGUAUGUAUUUAGAGUGGGCUGACUGUGAGCAUAUUUAUUGACAUACAAUAAUCAUAAUGACCACUUGCACUAUUAAAACUGUCCUGUACGUUUUGAGCUUAAAGGAGACCAUCGGUCAGUUCUUCCCUGCUUUAAGGUCCUCUUCCAUUGGCAGCCGAUGGAGACAAUGCCGAAGCAGAAAUCCUGUAACCGUAACUGCGAGGCAGAGUAUGUAAGCCCGGCCUCAGGGCUGUGCUGACGUUACUCUGUGGCUUGCAUGUUGGAAUACGUUUGCGUUGGCGUGGAGGACCGAGCAGCGUGUGGAAGAGGCUUCGCUCUGGCCCGCAGCGGGCAGCGGCAUGCACGGGGAUGUUCCUGUGGACAGUAAUGGUGUGGUGGUUCGGGAUAAAAUUCUAUAUGUGGUGACAGCUGAGAAAUGACAGUUUUGAUAUCCUCGUUUCAGACAUAUUGCUUAAGAUUUUUAAGUUCCUGUAUGCAGUACUGGCCUUAUACUGGCAGUUUUGGUGGUACUUCAUUGUUGAACAGUUUUCUGUUUGUUCCUCCAGUCUGCCCUUGGCCUCGCAACCACCCUGCAAACGCAGCGACCUGUGGUUUAGGAGCCCCUGCUUUCCUUUUGGAAGGUGUUCUCAGCUGCUGGCAAAGCAAGUAUCUUGGGGCUUUUAGAGCAGCAGAUUUCCAUCAGGUUAUGUUUACAGAAUGAGGAGGCAUUGAACUGAUUAUUUUGGCUUUACUCUGACAUACUCACUGUCAAUACUUGCAUGGGUUUCACUGCAAGAACUUUGUUUCUUCUUCGCGUUCCCAAACUAUCAAAGCACUUUCUGUCUUUGCAGUACCCCCUUUCCUUCCUAUCCCCCAGUCAAAAUAGAGAAUGUAUGAUGCAAGCUUCAUCUUCAGUGCAAAGAGAGCCUGUGUCCUUGGAUAAUGUGUUUUAUCUAUCUGAAAAAUAAGAUAAAAUAAUACCAGCACCUGUGCUUCCAUAAGGCAAUCUACAGUACUGUUACUGUGUAGAAGCUAUUCAUGUUUUUCAUCAUGUUGGCUCAUAGUCCACUUAAAACAAUAGGGGAUUGUGCUGUCUGUUGGCAGUUUUAUCGGUCUAGGCUUCCAUUUCUCUUGUGAUUGGUCAUUCUCUGUCUUUUGAAAACAAGCUGCUUGCAAGCAGAGGUUUAAAUGUCUGGAUAGAGUGUUGACCCCCCACGUACAGAUUUUUAGGGCUGUUGACAAAACGUAUGCUUUUAAGUUCUCCUAGGGAACAAAUGCCCAUGUACUGAAAUGGAGCUACGCUUCUUGCUAAACAGGGUUUCUUUUCUGGUAUGGCUAACAAGUGCUGUUGUGAGCACACUUCGGAUGUGAGUAUCCUCAGACCACUGAGUUUCUGCGUUGUAAUCAAGCUCAUUUAGGGGGUUUGUUUUAGGUUUUGGUGUAUCCUGUCUGUCUGUUCUUCUUCUGAGGUCUUUUGGCUCUCGGAGCGCGUAACUGUAUUCCGUGCUGGCAGUCACACUCGUGGUAAUAUUGCUAACUUUCUCACUGGAGGCUGGCCAGCAAUGGGCAGAGUUUCUGUACGGUGUUUAAGACAAAUCGGUACAAAACGACAUGCAACACCCGCCUCCGGUUUUCACUCGUCUUUACUGCCUGGUAAAACUGAAAAAGAACUUUGUCUCCUGCCAUCUUGCACAUUUCUGCUGGUUUUAUUGUGUGAGAAAUCUUUGCCAUAUGUACGAUUGCUUUGUUUGUUGUAAUUUUUAAUUAUUGAAAGGGACUGCGCCAGGGUAGUGUAGGUUUUGUUGCGUUCGUAGGGACAAUGUAGAAGUUGUGGCUUUUUAAAGGCAAGAAGUUUGUUGCUUAAUCAUGUUAUGAGCGCAGUUAAAAUUGAAAGCAUAACCGUGCUAUAUUUAUUCAUGUUCUGCCAUGAUAGCCUAAUGCUGUAACACACACCCAAAUGUUAAGCUUGAAAUAAUUUUUCUCAGUUGCGUGUGGAGUUGACUUAAACUUUUAACACUAAAUCGAAGCGGGUUUGUUGUAGUUAAGUUUUUGUGUGUGCUCUUUAUACAAAUGUGCCUGGUGAAUAUGAUGUGGUUUAGAUUUAUAGCAGUGCCGAGUGUGUUCGCUGCCUUAGUCAGCUGUGAGAGCUCUCCCGCUGGGGCCGCUCCUCUCUGAUGGAAAAGGAGCAGCUGUGAAGGUGCUGUUUCAGGCUCUUGCUGGCAUUAAAAAAAAACAAAAAACAAAAACCAAACCCCCCAAAAAAUACCCCAGACCCCCCCACUAGCACACAUUGGAGAGGGGGAAGCGGGCCACGUGACUCCCACCCUCCUACCCUAUGUCACAGUGUGUAGGAGCGCUGAUUGCUCUUACCCAAUCAUGCCUGGAAUGCUGCUUGCCACUUGGGCUAUUUCUGCUAUCUGUCGCUAUCAGGGCUGCAGUGCUAACAGUUUGGCAGAUGGGACACUUUUUCUUGGAGUUUAUGUCUUUGGUUUUUAACUUCUGGCAGUGCCUGAAUUGUUGCUGUUCUCCCUCUCCUUUUCUUCUCUCUGUAAAACCAUGGCCCAUCGGCUGCGGUUUCAUUUUGGCUCUGGGCGAAGCAACACAGCCCCCGAAUCAGAGAUCCUCGACCGGGAGAGAGAAGAUGACUUUUUCAUGGCAUUCCACACUUUGCCAAGAAGAAACAGUCCUCACGCUUUCUCCCGACACGGAGCGGAUUAUGGUGGUGGCGGCGAUUUGCAAGAAGUGGGCUCCUUAAAAAGGAGUACAUCCAUGUUUAUUCCCCAGCUGCUGAACAGUAUUGAUGUGCGUCCAACGAGAAGCUCGUCAAUGCAGAUCUCCCUUCAGCGCAAGGCUGCGAACGGCUGCGCGGACGAGUGCGCAGCCCUGGAAUCUCCUGAGGAGACGCUUCCUUGUAAAUUCUCAGACUUCAGGGAGCAUUUUGCAUCCCCUGUUAAAAACCGUUCCUCUUCUCCAAGCAGUCCAGAGGUGACUCCUGAGAAUUCUCCACCCAGGCUGACGGAAGACUUAGGGCGACAGAUUAAUGGAACUGUUUGCUGUAAUCGUAGAAUAUUUCGUACUAUUCCCUCUAGUAACCAGAGCGAGGAUGCUUCAUCAGCUACCCAAGAAGAUGAAGCAAAUGAAGCAGCUUCAGGUUUAAACAUAAGUGGUGUGAGGAUUCAGCAUCGGGCUUCAAGUGCAGACAUGCCUCAGGUUACUCUAGUACCCUUUGGUACUGAGGCUCAAAGUAAUGCUCCCACGCCUGAACCCCGACGUUGGUCUUUGCAACACGUGCCAGAUAUGUCGGCAAAUUCAGGGAAAAAGUUCUUUGUUCUACAGUUACAGCAACCGCAGACAGGCGGUUCAGGUGCGGGAGGCGAAUAUAACUUUGGUUUUACUGGAACAAAAGGGGACAGAUUGGUCAGGUAUCCCCGGAUACGGCUGGAAAGAAGUACUUCCUACCCUGUCCAGCCACCAAGAGAAGAACCUAGUCCCACAGGCGAUGGAUUAAAUUCAGAACUGCAUGGAAAUGGCAGGAGUGGGUCAGAAAUAUCUAGGAGCAAUUCAGUAGAGCGGAUUCCUCAAGGGCAGGGAUGCUUGUUUAAAAUCAGACCAGAUCAAAACACGAGGCAGCAGCACUUCAGAAUUCUUGUCACCCGUGGUCCUGAAGAACAAAGUCAGGUUGUUGGUAAAGAUGGUUGUGGCACCCCUGGUCCUACAACAGCCAGCACCGCAACUAGAGACGACUUCCUGGGUCAAGUGGAUGUGCCACUUAGUCACCUUCCGACUGAAGACCCAACCAUGGAAAGGCCAUAUACAUUUAAGGAUUUCCUUCUCAGACCAAGAAGCCACAAAUCUCGUGUAAAGGGUUUCUUGAGACUGAAGAUGGCUUAUAUGCCUAAAAAUGGUGGCCAAGAGGAAGAAAAUAGUGAUCAAAGGGAUGAAUCUGAGCACGGAUGGGAUGUGGUUGAUUCCAGUGACUCCGCAUCUCAACGUCAGGAGGAGUUACCACCUCCUCCGCUGCCUCCUGGAUGGGAGGAAAAGGUAGACAACCUGGGGCGGACUUACUAUGUCAACCAUAACAACAGGACUACUCAGUGGCAUCGACCAAGUUUAAUUGAUGUGGGAUCUGAUUCGGAUAACAAUAUCAGACAAAUAAACCAAGAAGCAGCCCACAGGCGGUUCCGCUCCCGGAGACACAUUAGUGAGGAUUUGGAACCAGAACCUAUGGAGAGUGGAGACAUUCCUGAGCCUUGGGAAACCAUUUCAGAGGAGGCAAGUGCAAGUGGAGAUUCCUUAAGCUUGUCAAUACCACCUCCUCCUGCAUCUCCAGUGUCCCGUACCAGUCCUCAGGAGCUAUCUGAGGAACUGAGCCGACGACUUCAGGUCACUCCUGAUUCCAAUGGGGAACAACUCAGUUCUUUGAUUCAAAGAGAUCCUUCUUCAAGAUUAAGAUCUUGCAGUGUAACAGACACAGUUGCUGAACAGUCUCAAUUAUCCUUGCAGAGUGGUCCAUCUAGGAGAGCUCGCUCUUCAACUGUCACAGGUGGUGAGGAACCAACGCCUUCAGUGGCCUAUGUACAUACUACACCAGGCUUACCUUCAGGCUGGGAAGAAAGAAAGGAUGCGAAGGGCCGUACGUAUUAUGUCAAUCAUAACAAUCGAACCACCACAUGGACGCGGCCCAUUAUGCAGCUUGCAGAAGAUGGCAUGGUUGGCUCAACAGCGAACAGCAGCAACCAUUUAAGCGAACCCCAGAUAAGACGGCCUCGUAGCCUCAGUUCACCCACAGUAACUUUAUCUGCUCCACUUGAGGGUAUGAAGGACUCCCCUGUGCGCAGAGCGGUGAAGGACACCCUUUCCAAUCCACAGUCUCCACAGCCCUCACCUUACAACUCUCCUAAACCACAACACAAAGUUGCACAAAGCUUCCUUCCUCCUGGCUGGGAGAUGCGAAUAGCACCCAAUGGCAGGCCCUUCUUCAUUGAUCAUAAUACUAAAACUACUACGUGGGAGGAUCCACGACUGAAAUUUCCAGUGCACUUGAGAUCAAAAGCAUCUUUGAACCCUAAUGAUUUGGGCCCUCUUCCUCCUGGCUGGGAGGAAAGAAUACAUUUGGAUGGAAGAACAUUUUAUAUAGACCAUAGAAGCCAGGUGUUGAUAUGUGGAGACAUUGAUACCAGAGACUUAGUGCCCUCAUACGAUAAUAAAAUUACCCAGUGGGAAGACCCCAGACUGCAGAACCCGGCAAUUACUGGUCCAGCAGUUCCAUAUUCCAGGGAGUUCAAACAGAAAUAUGACUAUUUCCGGAAGAAGUUAAAGAAACCAGCUGAUAUACCGAACAGAUUUGAGAUGAAGCUACACAGAAAUAAUAUUUUUGAGGAGUCCUACAGAAGAAUCAUGUCUGUGAAGAGACCCGAUGUACUAAAAGCCAGGCUCUGGAUUGAAUUUGAGUCUGAAAAAGGACUUGACUAUGGAGGUGUGGCCAGAGAAUGGUUUUUUCUCUUAUCCAAGGAGAUGUUUAACCCUUAUUAUGGUCUCUUUGAAUAUUCAGCAACGGACAACUAUACACUUCAGAUUAAUCCUAAUUCAGGUCUUUGUAAUGAAGAUCAUCUGUCGUACUUCACAUUUAUUGGUCGCGUUGCUGGUCUGGCAGUAUAUCACGGGAAGCUAUUGGAUGGCUUCUUCAUCAGACCUUUUUACAAGAUGAUGCUGGGGAAGCCAAUAACUCUGAAAGACAUGGAGUCAGUGGAUAGCGAAUACUACAACUCUUUGAAGUGGAUCCUGGAAAAUGACCCAACAGAGUUGGAUCUCAUGUUUUGCAUAGAUGAGGAAAACUUUGGACAGACAUAUCAAGUUGACCUGAAGCCAAAUGGGUCAGAAAUCAUGGUAACAAACGAAAACAAAAGGGAAUAUAUUGACCUGGUCAUCCAGUGGAGGUUUGUAAACAGAGUUCAAAAACAAAUGAAUGCUUUUUUGGAGGGAUUUACAGAACUUCUUCCCAUUGAUCUGAUUAAAAUUUUUGAUGAAAAUGAACUAGAGUUGCUGAUGUGCGGCCUUGGCGAUGUUGAUGUGAAUGACUGGCGACAACAUACGAUCUACAAAAACGGUUACUGCCCAAAUCACCCCGUUAUCCAGUGGUUCUGGAAGGCCGUUCUACUGAUGGAUGCCGAAAAGCGGAUUCGAUUACUGCAGUUUGUUACUGGGACGUCACGCGUGCCUAUGAAUGGAUUUGCUGAACUUUAUGGUUCAAAUGGUCCUCAGUUGUUUACAAUAGAGCAAUGGGGAAGUCCUGAUAAACUGCCCAGAGCUCACACAUGCUUUAAUCGCCUAGACUUACCUCUUUAUGAAUCUUUUGAAGAUUUGCGAGAAAAGCUACUUAUGGCAGUUGAAAAUGCUCAAGGAUUUGAAGGAGUGGAUUAAAACAUCGACCUUCCCCCCCUUCAAGCAAGUUCUGCUUGCACUUUUGCAUUUGCCUGACGGACUCUGAGCAGUGACUAUGGCAGAACAGUUGCACAGCGUUGGUUCAUGGAGCAAACCCUUCGACGGUGCAGUUGCCUGAAUCCAGACGUUUGAACUGUGACCUGCGGGUGGCUUUUCUGACGUUUCCACAGCAGCGUACCAACUGCGUAACAGGAACUCUGAUCACAUUUCAGCAGGACUUACUCUAUUUAUGUUGUGCCUCUGUAGGCAAAGCCCUUAAUAAAUAUUUUACAUAAUUUCUAAUGACAAUGAAUGGAAUUAAUCAUUUUACAGGUAUAGUAUUACAACUCAUGUUUACUUUUUAAUUGACUUAGACAUUUUCCGAUUUUAUUUCAUUACAAUUAAAUAUCAUGUACUUGGAAAAAUGAGCAUUUUUCUUAAUUUCAUACCAGACUUGAUGCCAGUGUCAUUUUUUCCAAAGCACAUUUUGAGCCUUGUGUUCCCAAACCGUUACGAAAGUAGGAGAAAGCUAUGUUGGCAAUUUUCUCUACGGGGGCUGUAUCUCGAGAGCAACUCUUUUCAUUGAGCACAUAAAUAUUUUUCUGUAUCCAGAAGUAUGGACUGGAUGUUGCGUUUUUGUAUAAAUAUUAGAGUAGUUACAAGUCAAGGGAGAACCAUAACAUAGCAUGCCAAAUCUCAUGUUCAGUAAAGAAAUUGCCUCAUUAUUGGUAAUAUUUACAUGUACUAUAAAGCAUUUUGGGGUAGGGUUGGCAUUAAUCAUUUUUAGGAACAUAUGCUUAACCCUGUCAUUAUCUUUGUAUAGUGAUACUUUUAUUAUCCUUUCCUCUUUACUGUUUGCAAUGGAGGCAUUUUGAAUGACACCUGGCACUAUGUGAUUUGGCACUAUGGAAAACAGGUCUGUCGUGUCUCCUAUUUGUAUGCAUUUGCUAAUGAUAUCUAAACAACGAUGGGUUUUUUUGUUUGUUUCUAACUGCACCAACUCUAAAGGCACUUUAUGUAACACAUGGAAGUCAUAUCUGUUUUUUACCAUAAACAUUAAUGUGAUUAUAUUCCUUCUCACUGCACAUGUCUUUCUGGUGCAAUAUCUAUCAGUUGUGAAUUUGGCUGCUGCUGAUGUAUAAAAAAAAUGAACAGAUGUAGAGCUGAGCCUGCAGACAUGUUCCUCAGCAAUUGUUUUUGUGAUUUAUUUUUUACUUAAUCACAAAGAUUUAUUUAAUAUACACUGCUAUCUAAUCAAUUUUGUUACCUAUGACAUGUUGCAUGCUUAAACUAUAAUGUCUGAGUUGCAUCUCUUGUGACGGAUUAAAAGUGAAAGAUUUGUAUUCAAUCCACUGAAGUUAAAUGGGUACAACUCCACUGGAGCAGGCUCGAGGGUAUGGCGUCAGCAACUUAGCAUUCAGUUUUCUAAGUUUUGCCCACCUAUUUUGCCUAUCUGUAGGCUUUUACCGCCGAGAACCCAUUUAAUGCUUAUGAAGCAAGAGGACACCGCAUGCCAAAAGAAAAUUUCACCUCAUUGCCACCAGCCUGUUUAGCCCUGCCCUUAGCCCUCCCCAACACCCCCUAGCAAGUGCAAGCUACAGCUGAGAAAGACCAGCCAUGCUGCAGAAACUGUAAUAUUUCAGGCAAAAAGGCUACUGGAAAGAGCCCUUAAUGCUAAUGACAUUCAGUAAAUGGUGGGGUGCUACCAAAAAAAAGGUCAAAGCGUGGUGCAUGAGAAGGUUACUCUAUUAUUUGACCACAGGAGUGCGUGAUCCUGCUUUGGUCCCUUCCCUCCCCUCACCCUCACCUUCUGAAACAGGCUUACCUAAUACUUAGCUACAUCAAAGCCCUUUCAGUUAGCUAGAAUUACAUAGGGCCAUCUGACUAGAAGACAAAGUUUUAUUGGAUUCUUUUUUUAAAAGAAAACAUAAAAUGACUUAGCUUAUCUUUUCAGCUCCACUUAUCUCACAAACUGAUAGAGAAUGCUUUUGGAGUGUCUAGGUAUUAAAAUAGCGAGGUGAAUUCCGCUGUGUGAAUUGUAAUCAAUGUGCUUUUGGACUGUUGUGGUUUACACUACUUUAGCGAGGGGCGUUUCAUUUUUCAGAAACAGUUCAAUAUUAACAGCAAGCCCGUGACUCCCAAGGUGCGUCGUUAGCGUGGCAGCUUUGAGUGCAGCGCACGCAGCGCCCUGCCCUGCCCCAGGCAGCGGUGACAGCAAGGAGCAGCGUGCAGUGUCCUGACAGACCUGUACAGCUUGUGCUGAAAUUACCUAUUUUUGGCUUUCUUAUGACGACUGCAAAGCGUUCUAACUAUUUGUGCUUCUUGUGCACUAGAGGCUGCAACCACGGCUCCCACCUGUGCUGCGAACCUGCCACGGCUGCAGAGCCCGUGCAGAAGCACGCACAGCUACCCGAGUUAGCGCAUGCUUUGGAAGCAGUUUGCUCACCACUCUGACAGAAUUAUUCCUUCCAGCUCGUUUCCCGAGUUCCCUGUGCCAUUUGGACAUGGCCCUGUUUUGCCUUCACAGACACACCUCAGCUCCCUUUGCUGUGGGAGUGAAACUGUCCUUUUCUGGUUGGGGGGGGGUCCAUAAGCAAUCCAGAGUCAGCAUUCACAAAUGCGCAAGACUGCCUGUAGGCUAAGCUGAGGGGACACACGCAGCCUGGUCCCAUUGCUGCGUAAAGUUUUUGUUGCCGGGAUCGGCAGCCCUCCUGUUAGCUGCAGCUACCGUGCUGUUACUGACAGGCUUGGCAUCACGGUAGGCACAGGGACAUAAGUAAGUCCCAGCUAAAAUGCACUAUACCCACGCAACUCAGAUUUUUGUGAUUGGUGGCCAUGGUGAUGACUAACCCCUUGGGCAGAUACACCCUCUCUCAGCAGCCAAAAAAGUUAAGACCCUCUAGGCUGUGACAAAACAUAGGAAGUUACCUUCAGUUUUGCAAUAAAAUAUAAGAGACUACGUAAAAGGCAUUAGCUGUGCAAAGCAGCAGCUGCAGAGGAAAUAGGUUUUCUUCUGCAGGCCUCUUUGCAGAAUGCCUUAGUGCUCUUCCUGAGAUUCCAGACCGCGCAUCUAGGAGACCUUCUGGAGCUCCUGAAGCUGCAUCUGAAAGUAUCUGUCUAGGAAAAAAGGUAGCUAAAGGUCAUUUACUUCAAAUAGCUGAACACAAAGCAACUAACACGCCCAUGGGCCAGGGCCUGUAGCAUCGUGCCUUUCCUAGCACAGCAUGUUCUUGUGCACUGACAGGUCAGCUCAUUCACCACAAAAUGGCCCAAGAGUAUUUUAAAAAGUCCUAGUCAGCCACUUCUUUGGGUUAAUAAAUGGUAAGGGUGGUACCUAAAGCAGCCUUAAGGCAAAUAAUUCAUAGAAAUUUUAGUCACAAUACAGGUCUGCAGCCAUUGCCUCCUGUUCACAGCAAGGCCAAUAAAUCUGUGCCUCGUGAGGCUGUAGUUAGUGUACACCAUACCGAGCACAUUACCUCCCGCUCGCGUGCCUAGCUGCUGGAAACCAGAAGGUAAAUAAAAAUAACCAGAAACCCCACCCCACCCCCCCCACCCCCCCAACGCCUGUUACCACAAGCGUUAGCUUAUUUCUGUGUCGCUCACAGUGACCUCUCCCGCUGCUCAAAGGCGUGCGAGUGCCGUGCCAGCAUGGCCUGCAUGCUGACUAGCUAGCAGAGGAUGCUGCUGUAAGACCCCACCACGCAGCCAGUGCCUGCCCUGCCCCCACGGGGUGCGCUGCUGCUGUCGCAGGCCCAGCCCCAUCCCACAGGUAGGCACGCCUGCAGCCUUCACCCAUCAUCUGGUCCCGAAGCACUGCUGAAGCAUUGUACAUGAGACUAAAGGGAUGGCAGUUGUGAAAACUAGGGCGCCAGAGAGGGGAAGGUGGGUAGUUAGACUGCACUUCUAGGGGUUAAAAAUAGGUAAUCGUGCCCAUGUGACUGCAAGGGCUAAUUACCUUUUUUCCUUCAAUACAUACUGAUAGAUUACCAGACUGGCCAGCUUAAAGUGUACAUUAACCUUAUCUUUCUAAUAAAACCGUUUCCUUUUGUAUGUAAAGUUACAACAACAGGGAAAAGCCCCUACGGCCUCCACCCCUCUGUUACGAUGUUGCACUAAGAAGUACUGCAUAUUUGCAAUGCGCCUGGACCUUCCACAGCUGGAAUCUAACCAUAUUAAUGUUGCGUACCCAUCGGUCUGUCAUAGCACACCUAGAACCCUGCCAGGUGCCAUCACCGUCGGUGCAAGGCAUCCUUUGUCACAGGUCUGCCGAUGCACGCUGCCAACGCUCUGUGUCCACAUUUAUCCUCUACUUAACGUGUUGGGUUUUUUCCCUUUCCCGUAUUGUCACACAGACCUUGUUUCUUUCCUUAAUUUUUUAAUAUGUAGCUGUAAAAACACACACCAUAUGCAUCCACAAACAACAGUACGUGUUGCAUUUUUCUACUUUCAUCCGUUCCACUGGAUUUGGCAAGGCUCGUGAGCGGCCUGUCUCCUGCAGGUUUGCCACAACCAUGCAGCAGCGAUAGGUUAUGAUUCUCAGAACCCAAAUGGGGAACUCCAGAAAACGAUGUUGCCAUGUUCUAUGUUUGUGAACAUAAAUUUUAAAUCAAGUUUAGAAUUGAGAUAUUAAUAUUUCCAAACAUGCAAAAAAGUGUCAGACAUUCCAGAUUAAAUUCACACUGUUUAGUAAUAAUUUUUUUUUUUUGCAAUAUCACCACUUCCUAGAAGGCUAUUCAAAAUUAAACUACCUUAACAUUGAUUUUAAAUGUACUACUUAUAAAUAAUGCUCAUUUUCACAAUUACUACAGCUUUGAACUGUGGUUGGAUUUGAUACACUGUGGGGAAAGGAUUUGUUUAUGGACAAAGUGUCAUUUUUUUCCAUUUAUUUUCUGAGGAGCAGUGAAAGAAAUUGUAGUUUGUUUUCCUGACAGCAAAAGCUCAAUGUGACAAAAUGAAGUUGUUGUAAUGAAAUGAUGCAACUUAAUUAAAUAUUUAAUAAAGAAUUAUGGAAGCUACAGCAUUUUAUACUUCAAAUAUAUUUUUUGUCUAACUGAA